GCCCGGGAGGAGAGGCGCGGAGGGGAGCGGAGCUAUGCUAAACCUGGGGUACCGCUGAGGCGGGGCGGCCAGGCCGGAGGCGGGAGAUCUCCGGCUCCCGAGGCGGCAGGAGGCAUUUAGGCGCGGGGAGCGGCUCCGCAGCCACCGGGCCAAUGAACAUGUCCGUGUUGACUUUGCAGGAAUACGAAUUCGAGAAGCAGUUCAACGAGCAUGAGGCCAUCCAGUGGAUGCAGGAGAACUGGAAGAAAUCUUUUCUAUUUUCAGCACUGUACGCUGCCUUCAUAUUUGGUGGUCGGCACCUUAUGAAUAAACGAGCAAAAUUUGAACUGAGGAAACCACUAGUGCUCUGGUCCCUGAGCCUUGCUGUCUUCAGUAUAUUCGGUGCUGUUCGAACUGCUCCUUACAUGCUGUACAUUUUGAUGACCAAAGGCCUGAAGCAGUCAGUGUGUGACCAGAGUUUUUACAUUGGACCUGUCAGCAAAUUCUGGGCAUAUGCAUUUGUGCUAAGCAAAGCACCUGAACUAGGAGAUACAAUAUUCAUUAUUCUUAGAAAACAGAAGCUCAUCUUCUUACACUGGUACCAUCACAUUACUGUGUUACUUUAUUCUUGGUAUUCCUACAAGGACAUGGUGGCUGGCGGUGGCUGGUUUAUGACCAUGAACUAUGGAGUGCACGCUGUUAUGUACUCUUACUAUGCCUUGCGGGCUGCUGGCUUCAGAGUCUCACGCAAGUUUGCCAUGUUCAUCACCUUGUCGCAGAUCACCCAGAUGUUGGUCGGCUGUGUAAUCAACUACCUGGUCUUCUCCUGGAUGCAGCAUGGCCAGUGCCAUUCCCAUGUGCAGAACAUCAUCUGGUCCUCUCUCAUGUACCUCAGCUACUUUGUGCUCUUCUGCCAUUUUUUCUUUGAGGCCUAUAUUGGCAAAACCACAAAAGCAAAGAAGGUUGACUAGUGGUGAGAAUGAGACAGAAGCCAUAGCUCAGGGUCAUCAAGAAAAACAAAAUUACAAGAAAAGAAAAUGGCACAAGGAAACACAUAUAUGUAUGGUGCAGCUAAAACUUGGCAGCUUAGGGAAAGUUAGCUUGGUUUAACCCAGUAAGUUUAUGAUCCUAUCAUGGUGAGGACUCACUGCAAUUUACUCUAAUUCAAAGGACUGCUGAUGAAAGACUCCUUCCUUCUUGUACCUGCCUGCUCCAGAAAAGAAAGAAGAAAAGGAGAAACAGAAAAAAAAAGUGAGAAGAAAAGAGAAGAAAAGCAGAAAGGAAUAACAUUGAGGGGGAAAAAUAAAGUACAUUAAAUAAACUGUGUUUCCCUGGGAUGGAAAAGAAUUUUAUUGUGAAAAAAAGUUGCUAAAUUCUUUCUAAUAGUUUUUCAGCAUUAAACUUAAACAAAACAUUUACGUUAAUGGUAGGAUUGUGAAAUUAAAAUCUUUUCUAUAAAAGAUUUAGCCAAAAUGAAGCCCCAAGAGGAUGUCACGUACACCUGUGUGGAAAGCGGUUGAACUCCAUUGUGGUCAUGAAUGGCAGUGAGAAGAGAUUGAGUGCUCUGCUCUGUCCUGUGCCAAGGGAGUAGAGCUGGGAGGCAGGCACCUCUCUGGGGUGCAGGAAGGAGCAGGACUUGUACAAGAGCCUAAUGUGAAAAGGAACGCUGUUGCAAUACAUAUCUCAGCAAGUGCAUUUUCCAGGUGCGCUUUUCAGCUAAAGGCAAGGAGUUUCUGCAGCAGGAUAAGACACAGAGGGUUAAAUCAACCAAUAUAUGCUAAAUUACCAGGGGCUAAUAGCAGAUGAAUGUUCAGGAAGGAGAGGGAGGCAACUCCUGAAACACGAUUUUUAAGAACUAUCCAUCAAUCUCAAAUUAACCCACAGCAACACGGAAUGGAAUGAGGGGAAAAGAGAAGCCACUCUAGCCAGCGAGCGGUGAGCGACGCCUCUUCCCAUUGAUUCCCAAACCGUGCGUCGGGUGGACCCGGGAGGUGAGGCGAGGGGAAGAGUGCAGGACCGGGCAGCGCUGGGUGGCUCUGUGCCUCUGCACGCACCUGCCAGGCUGGGUGAAGAUGUGCCAAGAGCCCUCCUCUGGUCACAUGGAGAUACUACUGCAAAACACGCCUGGAAUAAGAUUUUCUUGGGAUCGGUAUAGGAGAUUAGUCUGAGCGGAGUGAUUUUGCUCCAACGGCUUAGCUCUAAUGUCCAGAGAGAAUUGUUCUUCAUUAAACAUGUAUCUCUCUCUCUGCAGAGUCGGUACUGUAACAUCAGACUGACCACUAAAGAAGACACUCUUCUUCUCCGCAGUCGGCUACAGAAAUAAGGAGAAAUGUGUUUCACUCUGAACCUUAGAGAGCUAGUUGAUAACAGCCAUAUUCUCUCAAAGAUGAAUAGAUUGCAUUAUCUGUGAUAUUCCAGUCCUUACAAAGCCAAAUAAAAUGUGUAAAAGUUCCUAGUAUUUCAAAGACGCAAGUAUGUAAACUUGAUGUUAAAUGUGUUAAUGUAGUACUCUAAAUUGUAUCAGUUAGGUAGCUUAACUAAACAAUUAGAAGAACUAGAUCAACAAAAUAGGGACUGCUGUUCUGCGUAGAAUACACACACCUAUAACUACACCCAUAUACACGUUCUGUGAAUUGUCAGCAAGAAAAAAGCCCAGCGGCAGAGAAUCACAUUUCCUGGCUAAUGCAAAAGAUUGUCAUUAUCUUUCUUGUUUUAAUUUGAGAUUGUACAGUGCAAAGGGUUUUUUUUUUUUUUAAUUCUGAUUUUUAGCUUUAAUUGUGCUGUCAUUCAUGAAACAGAGCUGCUUUAGUAUCCUGUUAAGAGAUGACAAGGGCUUUUGGUGUCUCAUUAUAUACAAGAGAAAAACAAAUAAAGUUACAUUCCAUGUUA